AUGGACGAGUCUCAUAGCUUGAGCACAGAACAAAACUGCACAUUGAUUCCGUACAACAGCAUCUCGUCUCACCAGACAGCUGUGCACGGUCACUCAAACACACCAGGAGUAGUUGGCGUCCAUUACCCACACUUCGCUAUGAUCUACAGCAACCAAGACGGCCAAAUUGCUUUUGAGAGCUCAUCGUCCAUUGCAGACCCAGGAAAAGCUAUAUUCACACCGGAUAUACAAGAGAGAUUUGCAGAGUUAGUGUCUCCACGGUCUUCGACACUUGCAAGCUUACCUGUUACAUCGGGGCCGAUACGAUCUGAGCGUGGUAGAGGAGGGUAUUCACAUAUUCCCGGAAGGCCACGACAAAAAGGUAGUUGGAGUCCCAUGAGUGCGAGUCCUGCACCUCUAAUUCCCUGCGAUUGGCAAUUUGACCAAAGCAGACGGCACAGACGAAACGGAAGACGCCGAGACCUCCGAAUGGCAGGCUCAAUGACCCCCGACUUUGACUACAAUGCUAUGACUUUACCGUCCUCUUCGGCAUGUGUUAUUCGAGUUGAUGAUGAAGCCCGCUUGAAGAAGUACUAUGAAAAGGCAUUUGAUUCGUUUCAACAACUGAACUGCAGAGUCAUUGCCAAGGCGUUUAUCAAGCUUGUUGAGCCACGCAAACAGGUCAACUAUCCAUACAAUGGGCGACGGGCGUCUUCUAGCCCUGGAGGCGAGAGGCGCGCUGAUCCGGAAAUGACCAAACCGCCUUGGUGGCCUGUCGGUGUCACACACAAAGAACCAGACCAUCUCCUCAAGCCAGAGCGUAUUCAACUUCUCAUUCAUAUUCUUCGAGAGCUUGGCGAAAGUCAUGAUGUCACAGCAGAAAAACUUCGCGAUGCCGGCCAAGAUGUGCGUCGGUCUAUCAGCCCUCCUGAGAGGCUCCAGAUUCUCGACGAGGUAUACAGCGUCCGACACAUGGAAGAGCGGUACCUAAGGGGUGAAAUAUCUGGUGACGUCUUGAUCCCGAUCUCUCAAGUCAGUCUAGUUGGACCUGAAUUCGAAACAAGCGAUGGCUCCAGCACGCCAGACUCGCAAAUCCGAAAGAGCGAGGUUGGUGAUGGUGGUGGUUCUCCAUGGGGAAUGGAUUCUCUGACGAUGGAGAGGGUGCGAGGUCAAGAACCGGCGUCAGACGGCAGGAGCGACGGGACAACAACAGCAGUCACUUACGAUCACCUGAUGCCGGAGCGCUCGCAGUCGUUCAGCCUGCCUUACUCCAAUGCUCCUUCUCUUCCUGGUGCUCCCUCAUCAACUCGCGCCAGCUCCUUUGACAGCAACAUCCAGUACAGCCCGCGAGACUACAACAGCAGCACCGCAUCUAGCGUCAUCUCACCGGAGACAUCUCCUCACUCAAUCGACCUGUCCCCCCAGAACCACCGUCCGUCUUUUUCAACCUACCUCAACCAGACCUUGCUUCCAUCCGUGCCUGUCACAACAUCUGUCUUGUGGAACCCAACACUGCAUGCGUCUGCGCCUUCUUAUCAGUCCCCCUACUGA